CCAUCAACGAGCUCAGUUUCCAACUUGCGAUGGCCUCGACACACCUCGACGCGACGCCGCCGAGCCGCACGCAGCACGAGUUCUCGGCGCUCACGGACGGCAGCCACGAUAGCUUCCCGGUCCUCAUCCACGACGAUGUGCCGAACGAAGAGGAGGUGCUGCACGAAGUCGCGCCGCCGGCCCACUCGCUUUCGUACCGCGCCGACAUUGACGGCCUCCGGACGGUCGCGGUCGUCCCCGUCGUCAUCUUCCACGCGUACCCGACGGCGUUUGCCGGCGGCUUUAUCGGUGUCGACAUUUUUUUUGUGAUUUCCGGCUUUCUCAUUUCCGGCAUCCUGUUCAAGCAGUUCAAAGCGUCCAAGUUUACGUACUCGGACUUUUACGCCCGGCGCAUUCGGCGCAUCUUUCCAGGUCUGCUCCUCAUGCUCAUUGCGACCGUGAGCAUUGGCUGCGCGUGGUACCUCGCGCCGGCACUAAAGUCGAUGGCCGCGACGUUGACCGCCGGCUGCGUCUUUGGCGCCAACAUUCAAGUGCUCACGCUCAAGAUGGGCUACUUUGACGCGAGCAUCAAGGAAAACCCGCUCUUGCAUCUCUGGUCGCUCGGCGUCGAAGAGCAAUUCUACAUUUUCUGGCCGCUCUUCGCGUCGCUCGUCAUGAAGCUCAGCUACCGCAAGGCGAUCGCUGCCCAAGUGUUGGUCUUGGUCGCGAGCUUUGUCUGCAACGUCGCGUUCCUUGGCUACGGCGGCACCAACAACUACGCGUUCUACUUUCCGCUCUCGCGAUUCUGGCAAAUGGCGGUCGGCGGUCUUCUCUCGUACAUCAACCUCCAAAACAAGGUCAUGGUCGCCCACCACGGCCUCUGCCAUCUGCUCGCGCUGCUCGGUCUCGCAGCGCUCGUCGUUGGUUUUUUCAUUAUCAACGAAGAAGACGCGUUCCCGGGUUUCUGGGCGCUGCUACCGACCGCCGGUGCCGGCCUCCUCAUUGCCAGCGGCCCCCACACGUUUGUGCACAAGUACUUUCUGAGCCUCUACCCGAUGGUGUGGAUCGGCCAGCUCAGCUACGCGUGGUACCUCUGGCACUGGCCGCUGCUGGUGUUUGCGAAAGCGCACUGGCCGCAGACCGAGCUCCGCCCGUGGUAUGCGAUGCCGUACUCGAUGGUCAUCUUGUCGCUGCUGCUGAGUGUCUUCACCUUGUACGGCGUCGAGAACCAUUUACGUCGUCGGAAGGCGGCGUGGCUCGUACCGCUUCUCUCGGCGCUCAUGGUCGUCAUGGCCAUGCUUGGCAUCUGCAUCCAGCUGUACCCGACGGCCUUCUCCGCGCUCGAGUCGUCAGGUCCGUUGCCGCCGUCGCGCGGCCCGAUCGUCAACGCCACCGACACCGAGCCGCCCAACAUGAGCAAGCCGCCGAUGUUUGAGCAGCCGACGGCCGCCAAGAUCCGCGCGGCCAUCGACGAGCACGAAGACGGUCCCGGCUACUCGUGGCUGGCGCAGGGCGGGCCGUACGGUUGGGCACCCGAGUCGUCGGUUCUCAACCCGGACAAGCCGACUGCGACCUUUGUGGUUGGCGACUCGCACGGCCACAUGCUCAAGAUCCGGUACUCGCACCUUAACACGCUCGCGGCGAAUGCAAGCGCGCCACACCGGUUCCCGUCCGCGGUGUUUUACACGGCCAACGGCAUGCCGCCGCUGAGCUGCAACGCCGACCACGCCAAGGCCGUCGACGCCAUCAAGAUGGUCAAGCCCAAGUCGGUGCUCUACGCGUCCGAUUGGAAGCAGUUUCUGCGCUUUGGGAGCAGCUCGGCGAGUGCGAGCGCAUCGCCGCGUUGCUGCACGCGCAGCUACGCGGAUGCGUGCGACUACCAGUCCAAAGGCGACGUCGAGGCCAUGAUCAAGACGCUCACGGACGAGCUCACGUCGUUUACAAAGCUCGGCAUCCAGGUGUAUGUCGCGGGCCUCAACCCGGAGGGGAAAGAGUUCAACCCGAAGAACAUGCUCAGCGGCAGCGGCGUCGGCAAGGUCGACCCGGUCUCGCGGGCUGCGUACGAAGCGAUGCCGCAGAUCGCGUACCUCAACCAAUUGCUCGUGGCGGCGACCAAGGCAGCGAACGCGACGCUCAUCAACUUUGCCGACAACCAGUGCUACAAGGACACGUGCCAAGUGCUCUCGAACGUCGGCGAACCCAUCAUGCGCGACGACGACCAUUUCCGACCCGCGUACGUCAAGCACUACCUUAGCGUCAUCGACCAGGUGAUUGACGCCGCACGAUACUAAUCCUACUAGAACCAACGAUACAUUUUUAUACACGUCUCUUCUCUGCUG